AUGGAUCAAGCCGGGCAUGCUCUCCUGGCUGCAAACCUCAUAUACGCCAGAGCAAAUACCACGAAUGGCACAACCUCUUCAACAAAUGCGGAUACAGUCGUUCGACCACCUAUUUAUAAAGCGAUUGGAAUUUCAUUGGCAGUGGCUUCAGGAGUAUUCAUUGGAAUAUCUUUUGUCAUGAAGAAGAUUGGAUUGUUGAAAGCCAAUGAGAAAUACAAUGAAGUAGCUGGAGAAGGAUACGCCUACCUUAAGAAUGGCUUUUGGUGGGCUGGAAUGACACUUAUGAUUAUUGGAGAAAUUUGCAACUUUGUGGCAUAUGCAUUUGUUGAUGCAAUUUUGGUUACUCCCCUUGGCGCACUCAGUGUUGUCAUUACCACCAUCUUAUCUGCAAUCUUUCUCAAGGAACGACUCAGUAUGGUUGGAAAAGUUGGAUGCUUUUUAUGUAUCAUUGGAUCCGUGGUUAUUGUAAUGAAUGCGCCGGCAGAGGCUUCUGCAGCGACAAUUCAGGAAAUGCAAAUAUUUGUUAUCGCACCGGGUUUUCUGAGUUACGCCGGUGUCAUCAUCAUCGGUUGUAUCUUUCUUGCACUAUGGGCUGGCCCACGAUAUGGAAAGAAGACUAUGCUUGUGUAUUUGACAAUCUGUAGUUUGAUUGGAGGACUUAGUGUGGUUGCGACACAAGGACUUGGGGCUGCAAUUGUUACGCAAAUCGGUGGUACGAAACAGUAUAAUCAGUGGUUUCUUUACGUCCUAUUCGUCUUCGUCAUCGGAACACUUAUGACGGAGAUCAUAUAUUUGAACAAGGCACUUAACCUUUUCAAUGCGGCCUUGGUUACUCCUACAUAUUAUGUUUUAUUUACGAGCUCUACGAUCAUCACCUCCGCGAUUUUGUUUAGAGGGUUCAAAGGAACCCCAACCUCUAUCAUCACGGUCGUCAUGGGUUUCUUCGUUAUUUGUUCUGGGGUUGUCCUCCUCCAGCUUUCAAAGUCCGCCAAAGAUGUCCCCGAUGCUGCGAUCUUUGCAGGCGAUCUCGACCAAAUGCGCAUCAUCGCCGAACAGGAACAGCCAGAAACCGAACCAAAAGCAGAUGCAAUUCGAGGAGCAGCGGCUAUUGUUCGAAAAUUCUCUUCCGCUAGACAAAAGAUGGAAUUGGAAGAGGCUAGGAGGCUCCAUCAGGAGUCCAUCUUGGAGCCACUUGGUGAGGAUGAUGUUGUUGAGUGGGAUGGUCUUCGAAGACGCAGAACUACUGUUGGCUCCUCCAACUAUAGCAUGAGCAUGAGGUCUCGUGCCGACUCAAACUUACCACAUUUACCCGAAUCUAUGCGCCAUACACCAACCCCCCGGACGACUCUUCCUCGAACAGCUAUCGCCCACCCGCCUCUCGGAAUGUCCCAUUUCCCUGAUCCGGACUCCGAUCACGAUGAAGAAGACCGGCCAGGUACAGGCCUUAGUUCUUCAAUAUUCGGCACCAUCCGCAACCGUGUAACUCGCGGUAAAUCACUGUCAGCAGGCACGAACCCCGCCAUCAACGUACACAGCCCCACGCAUGCCGUUCCCUUGGCCGAUAUUCCAACCUACCGAGCUGAUGGCGAUGCCUUCAAAUUCGAGCAUAGCGAAGAGGCUUACUACAUUCAUGAUAACCAUACUUUCGGCUUACCAGCUGCUUUGCGCGAUCAGAAGACUGAAUACACUGGUCCAGGUGGCAGACAUGUUACCAUCGCCGAGGAUCCACGUCGUCCGAUUUCCAGAGCUAGCAACCUAGUUCCACCCACCCCUCCACCUCACUCUGCCAAAAGACAAUUCUCAUUUCAAAAUGUGUUCAGAAAGGGUGGGGGAUCCCAACAAAACGAUGGACCACCACAAGAAGUCCGCUCGCCACCCGAUCGAAAGCGUAUCGGUUCCCGACACGGAAGCGAUGAAGUAAUCAAGGGCGCCACUGAAGAAGAAAGACUUGGCCUCGUCAAAGGCGAUACGAGAACUCAAAGUCCAUCCGGUACUUCUAGUGCCCCUUCGUUUGACGAUGACGAUGAAGUUGAACCAUGGAGUUCGGAGAACAAGGGAUAUAGGAGAAAUCGUUCCCCUCCCAGAAAAGGUGAUGCGUUGGGAGAAAAGGGCGCUUUCGUCUAG